AAUGAAAAAUUAUCUAAUUUCUUCUGAAGACUAUGAUGAUUAAUAAAUCAAUGUGAAACAAGAUGAAAACCCCCAAACCAUCCGUCUCUCAAGCAAGAUGAAAACCCCCAAACCAUCCGUCUCUCAAGCAAAUGUUGAAAUAAGCCAACAGACAGGAAAUAGAUGUAUUGUAAUUGUGUUUGAUGAGAUGUUAGUAAACAUUGAGUUUAUUUUGCUGGUGGUCGACAUGCGCUGGGGAGUGCGGGAUGAGACCCAAGUCGACCAGACCACCACGGCUCUACUUCUGCGUGAAAUUCACAAAUGUCAGAAUCUGUCCAUUGGACCCAAUUUUGUGAUGUUCCUGGGAGACCGAUACGGAAGUCACGUGUUGCCCAGUCAGAUUCUAGUGCCAGAGUUCAAAAUACUCAAGAACAUCGCCACAGCAACAGGCCGGGACACCAGUCUACUGGACAAGUGGUUCACACUGGACAUGAAUGCUGAGCCGUCGGUCUAUCAGCUGCAGCCAAUCACAAAACACUACCCUUACUACACCAAUAUGGACCCUAGUAAGGAGAAAUUGCAUGAAAAGGCUCGAGAAGACUGGCAGAGUACGGAAAAACAACUCCUUAGCAACCUACAGCAACUAGCAGAAGAUGCAUUCAACAACAAAAAGAUGUCUGCCCAACAGUAUGAGAAAUAUUUUGAGUCAGUGACGGAAAUGGAGAUACGAGCUGGAGCCCUGGAUGCGCCAACUGUUGACAGAGUUCUGUGUUUCCAGAGAAGCAUUAACGACAUCGAUACUCGGGACAAACUUGCAGGACGAUUUGUGGACCUGACCGAGUCGGGUGAGAUAGAUGAGCUUGCCAGGGAGCGGAGGGAGCGACUACAGAAAGAGAAAGUCGCCAGCGCUGUUCCGGCCGACCAGAUCUUUACAGACAGCGUGGCAUGGACGGAACAGGGCAUCGAUCCUCUCCACCACGAAGACUACCUGCGAAACCUGGCUGACAAGUUCAGACAGGCGAUGCUGGAGAAAAUCAACAAGUGCAUGCUAGCUGAGUCACUCAGUCCCAAAGACAAACUGUAUCAUGAAAUAUUACGAAACCUGCACUUCUUUCGACAGAAGUGUAAGAUAUUUUAUGGCCGUGAGGAUGAGUUGAAACGUAUCCGCGAGGCGUCAAUGCAUGUGUUUUCUGAUCACCCUGGCGAUGAAGACAAAGAGAAAACUUUGAGUGAUAGUGUUGGAAGCAAGGAACAGAAAAGAAGUACAAUUGAUGCCUCAAUGAUUGAAGAGAUGACAGACCGUGAUGGCGUGGAGAACAGUGUGAUGACGCAUGGUGGGAAGGAAGACGAUGACCCAGAUGUUGACAAACUUGAUGACGAUGAUGAAGAGGGGGAGGAUGAUUCAGACCAGGCUGAAAAAGAGCGUAAUUCUAUUGCUGAGAUGUGUAAAAGUGUUGGUGUGCUGUUCCACUACGGUGAUGCGUACGACGACUUUGAAUCUGAUCCUGACAAAAACCCUCAGCUUCGCCUCACCACGCUACCAGCCAUGCCUCACUACCGGAGACCGGUCAUCGUGUACGGCCCAUCGGGUAGCGGGAAAACGGCCCUGAUGGCACGGGUCUUCCACCUAUCGGUGGAGUGGAUGUGUGACUCGUACUCCAUUGUGCGAUUCCUCGGCACAUCCCCGCACUGCAGCUACAUCCGCGAUGUGCUGAACGGUCUGUGUCAGCAUGUCUCCCGGCUGUAUGGCAUCUCUAUGUCUGAGAAUGUCGACCUCAACUCGGACUUCCAGUUCCUCGUGGCCUACUUCCACGCCCUGCUGUGGAGAAUCGACACCGUGCGCAAUCCGCUGAUGAUCAUCCUCGACUCAGUCGACCAGCUCCAUGCAACCGACCACGCACACACCCUCGCAUGGAUGCCCAAGAAGCUGCCUCCCAACGUCGCCAUGGUGAUCUCCAUGGUUCCCAGCAUCCACAACUGUCUGCACAAUUCACAAGUCCAGUUCCCAUUCCUGGAUCACUACAUUGAGCUGAGCAGCUUUGCGGAAUCAGAUGCUGCAGAAGUGAUCAACCUGCAGUGUUAUCAUAGCAACCGCUGCAUCACCCGGCAACAGAAGAACUACCUGCUGAAGAAGUUCACGAACUGCCGCCACCCGCUGUUCCUCAAGCUGAUAGUGGACGAAGCUCUCACCUGGAACUCGUACACACAGACUGCAGACAUCCGCAUCGGAAAAACCAUCGAGCUAGCCAUUAACGACCUCUUUGAUAAGCUCGAGCGUAACCAUGGAAACGUCCUCAUCAGCCAUGCAUUUGCAUACCUGAGCGCCGCAAGUCACGGUGUGUCCGACACAGAGAUGGAGGACCUGCUGUCCCUGGAUGAUGAGGUCCUCCAGGACUCGUACCUGUACCACCUGCCCCCCGACAGCCUGGUCGUGCGUCUGCCGCCGCUGCUGUGGAGGCGCGUCGCCGACGACAUCCGCCAGUACAUCGUCCAGAGGAAGUCGGGCAACUGGUUCGUCAUCACCUGGUACCACCGGCAGUUCCGCGAUGUCGCCCAGCGGAGGUUCCUGACCCCUGACAUACGGAGCGGGGUGCACACACGGAUGUGUGAAUACUUCAUGGGGGUCUGGCACGAUAAGGUGAAGCCCCUGGAGUUGUUUAAGAUCAAGAAAGGAUCGUAUCCGGAGGCAAAGCGCCGGGUUCCAGAUCAGCCACUGGUGUUUGAGAAAGGAGGAUAUAACACAAGAAAGUUGCAGGAACUCCCGUGGCAUCUCAUCAACAGCGGCAACUUUAAACAGUUCAGGGAGAUCACCUGCUGUUUCCAGUGGUUGCUGGCCCGAUGCCACACUCAGUCUUUAUCAGCGGUGGUCGAAGAUCUCAAGAUGGCACUCAACUCUCCAGCCUUCCCCGAGACUGACCAAGAGAUUCGAGAUGACAUCAAGUUUAUCUUUGAUAUGUUGGCUCUGGGCAAUGACAGCAUUCGAAAGGAUUCCAAAAAUCUUGCAGUUCAGAUUGUUGGUCAGGUUUCUCCUCACGUCUGCUCCUCGUCUCACCUGUUACAAUUGUUCCGAGAAGCUCACGACUGGCUGGUAACCAAUGACAACCCUCAGCUCAUACCACAGACUGUGUGUCUGCCUCGGCCCGGCGGAGUCCUCAAGUCGUCCUUCAACGUAGACGUUCACAUCCAAGGGUAA